CGAUCGGGGCGGCAGCCCCCAGGCGUUGCCCUUUUCCCCCCACUCACCGAAGGCGCGCAGAUUUGAAUCAUAUUCGCCCCACUUGUUUUUGCACCACUUGAGAAAUUCCAAUUCCAUCAGUACAUCCACUCUUAUAUGUCUCCUCUGCAUAUAUAAGCUGCUGCGAUAUAUAUAUAUAUAUAUAUAUAUAUAGAGAGAGAGAGAGAGAGAGAGAGAGAGGAUUGGUGGAUUUUGAUUGAUGAAGAGAAAAGUUCUGAGGAGGGGAAAUCCGAACAGUGAUACGAAGAGACACAGAAAAAGUUCUGGAAUAAUGGUGAAAGGCACAUUGGCUAAUCACUUGACAAUGCAACUAGAUCAAGUCUCCUUGAACUUGCCUCUUCAAUCGGUGAAUCCCUCUCGAUUCCAGAGGCUUCUCGAUUCCGAAGCUCAUUCAGAGUCUUUGCCACCCGAUUGUGAUGCUGAUACGGCCGAUGAAAAGGAUUUCAUUCUCAGUCAAGACUUUUUCUGUACACCUGAUUAUAUUACUCCGGAGAUGCCCGCUAUCAAUGUAGAUUGGGACAAGGAAAAUAUUCCAUGUCCAAAGUCACCUGAGAAAAUUAAAACCAUUAGGAGCAAACGGCAAAAACUAGAUGUUAACUUGGAGACAUCCCUCGAAUCAACUGAAAUUGGCCAUCAAUCAUUGGUUGAUCUUGCAAAAGAUACUUUAGUGACAGAUGAAAUGAAGACAGAAAAAGCUGUUGAAUUGCAAAAGAGUCGCAGUUAUGUUUCACAAUCUGCAGUGGCUUUACGCUGUAGAGUCAUGCCUCCUCCAUGCCUGAAGAAUCCAUACCUUAAGGAUGUAUCAGAAUUUGAUGCUGACCCUUUUGGCCAUCAGCGAUCCAAGUGUGCAGGUUUUUACCCAGCGGGUAUUGGUGGUGAUGGCCUUUCACGCUACCGCACAGAUUUCCAUGAAAUAGAGAAAAUUGGUAAUGGAAACUUCAACCAUGUUUUCAAAGUCCUAAAGAGAAUUGAUGGUUGUAUGUAUGCCGUGAAACAUAGUAUGAGACAGUUGCAUCAGGAUACGGAAAGGCGCAAGGCUUUGAUGGAAGUUCAAGCCUUGGCAGCUUUAGGGUACCAUGAGAAUAUAGUUGGCUACUAUUCCUCUUGGUUUGAAAAUGAGCAACUCUACAUCCAAUUGGAGCUGUGUGAUCACAGCCUGUCUUUCAAUAAACUACCUAAGUUAUUGACAGAGGCAGAAGCUUUAGAUGCAAUGUAUCAGAUUGCUAAGGCAUUGCAGCAUAUACACGGGAGAGGGAUAGCUCACUUAGAUAUAAAGCCUGAUAAUGUUUAUGUAAAAGAGAGAGUUUAUAAACUUGGUGAUUUUGGUUGUGCCACUCGCAUUGAUAAAAGCUUGCCAGUAGAAGAAGGGGAUGCACGCUACAUGCCUCAAGAAAUCCUGAAUGAGAAUUAUGAUAAUCUCGACAAAGUUGAUAUAUUCUCCUUGGGAGCUUCUAUCUAUGAGCUCGUGCGAGGAACACCCUUACCUGAAUCGGGGCCUCAUUUUCUCAAUCUUAGGGAAGGAAAACUACCUCUUCUUCCUGGCCAUUCAUUGCAGUUUCAGAACUUAAUCAAGGUCAUGAUGGAUGCUGAUCCUGUACGGAGACCAUCUGCAAAAGAACUAGUUGAGAACCCAAUUUUUUACAGGCACAAAAGAAUUGGAGGAAACAAGUAAAAACUAAAAUGUGGAAUCAGGUCUUUAACAAGCGGGAAGCUGCUGGAUCCUCUCUACUAUAUGUAUUUUGGCCAUUGCUGAAAGUUCUUCUGUAGAAGAGCAUAUGCACUGAGGAUUUCAUAUAAGAAAAUUGUGCCACACUGCUUUCUCCACUUUCAUGCACCGAAAUUUUUCAAUGUAUUUGGUGCUCAUUUUGUAUAGACUAGAAACGGGGAGAAGCUGCUGUAAUUGUUGUUGUGAUAAAUUGAGGAAGAAGCUCUUUUGGUAUUGGUUCACUCUUGUCCCUUUGGCUGUCUCUUGCUAUAUAACUCAUACUCAUCUUUUUCCCUUUUCAAGUUAGU